AUGAAAUCGUCCACCAGUGUGCGUAGGAGAACGAAACCCCGCCAACCCAUCAAACACACAAAGACCUUUUCUGGAUGUUGGACUUGCCGGGACCGACAUGUCAAGUGUGACGAGGGCCGACCGGAGUGCACAAGAUGUCUGAAGGGCGGAUUCGACUGUCAGGGUUACGGGAUUAGACUUGUGUGGGUUGAUCCCGAUACUCAGGAGCGAGAACAGAACAUCAGGCGGGCCAUUGGUACGCCGGAAAUCUACGAGGAUGACUCCCGGUUCAUGCAGAUCGAUGUCCAAGAGGCUCUGGAGACGAUAGACAGAUUGUCAACGCAAUCCAUGGGGUUGUCGUCAGGUCCAUUCUCUGUUUUUGCGUUGAAGCAGUGUCCUCCGCUUGAUGUUGAAGCUGGCAACGAAGUCGACAUUUCGUACUCGGCGGCUGAAGCGGGGGCGCUUUGUGAUCCCUCUAUCGGUUUCCAGGAGGAAUACAGCGAUGAAGAAGACCAAGACAUAGAAGAGAUCAUCUCCCCUGCGCUCUUGGGGGCUUCAACUCCGGUCUACGACCGCGAGUCUCCAAGAGAGACUGCACUGUGCACCUCGGAUGGUGGACAUCCCAGAAUAUCACGCCAUCUUGACCUCCUCCCUCGCCCUUCAGAGCAACGUGAACUGAUCCACCAUUGGACCUCGUUUUUGUGUUGGCACCUCGUCCCCAUCGACCGGCCAGACAAUCCUUUCCGCAGCGUCUUCACGCCUAUGGCCCUUGCCGGAUUAACAUCACCCUCGGACCAAUCGACUGGAUCAAUCGCCCUGUUUCACGCUCUAUGCGCCACAUCGGCAUUUAGCCGUGGCCAGCUCCUCAACGGCGACGCACAGACACUCACACUGGCAAUGAAGCACUACCAUCUAGCCAUCAUGCACCUGCGCCACAGCUUGGCCAAUAUCAAUGAUCAUCGGCAAGCGGAAGAUCAGCGUGGUUCGAUUCUCGCGACUAUCACGAUGUUCUCGGCCAUGGACAUGAUCACGGGUCGGUCUUCUGAAUGGCGUACGCACCUACAAGGGGGAGCAUCUUGGCUGGCUACUAUUGAAGGCAAAGUGUGGGACCGCGACAAGAGCUCGUCUAUGGUGUAUCAGGGCUACUUGGCCAUAGCGGCCCUAUGCAACAUCAACCUUCCGUCAACCGUCAAUGUCGAGUCCGAGGACUUCCUCGACGAAAGGAACUACGUUCUUGACCGGUUUUUUGGCCUCACGCGACCAAUUUUGAAACACAUAGUGAUGAUGAACUCGCUCAUCAAACGCUUCUCCACAACCAAGCUCAGCAUAGACGCUGAGGCCCUGGACGAACUCGAGCUACAGCUCUAUGAGCAAACACCUGACAGCCUGGACCUCGAAGGCCUCGAUCCACGGGGCCAGGCACUAACACGCCAUCAUGCGUAUGUCUUCUACUACGCUUCCCUCAUCUAUUUCCAGCGUACCGUGCGCCGACGGCCGCCAGACGAGUUGCAAGAGCUGGUCAAGUUCGCCGUGGCGCACUUGGAGGACAUCGAAGACCUGGGCGGGGAUGCUAUCGGGUGUACCUUGGUGUGGCCACCUUUCGUCGUUGCGUGCGAGUGUCAAAGCAUUGAUCUGCAGCAGCGCAUGCUGGCUUGGUAUAUGCUCAAGAGGAGACAUGGAUUCAUGAAUCUCGAGAAGUCGAAGGAUAUAGCAAUGGAGCUGUGGCAGAGACGGAGCCUUGCGCCAAAGGAUGUCGACAUCCAGUGGCAGGACGUGCUGAAGGAUCUGAAAAUGGACAUUGUACUUGCAUAG